UCAGGAAAUAAGCUCAUUUUACACCUCCCUGAGUUAAAUAACUUUUUAGUUUUACUUUUGAGUUUUAGGCCUACCUUUCUUCUGUUCUUGCAGCCAUUGUCUUCGUCUGGUGAUGCUACUUCUAGUUUUAUACUCUUGACAUCAUUCCCAAAUCAAAAUAUGAUUGAAUGAUAAUUUGAUUAUAGGUUAGAGAGAAAUAAUCUCAUAUUUAAAUUAAGAAAAACAUACUAAAUUACUAAAAUCUUGUAGUCGUCACUGUUUAACAUCCUUGGUGGGCACCUCUGAAGCUCCUGGAGGGCUACCUGGUGACCACGGGCACAACGUUGGUGACGCCUGCUCUAACUCUACUGAUGAUAAAUUAUAAAAUUCUUGGCUGCAGACUCCAUCAACACCAUGCUCAGAGACCUCACAACAACAUUUACCCACUACUGCCAUCUAGGCGUAGAGGAUGGGAAUGAGAAACCGGAAGUCCAUUGAGAGUAAUCUGUAAACGCACCAUGCUGCUUGCUACAAGCUAACAACACAACACUGGGCACACAUGAUGAUAUCUUUUUGAAGACAUCAGACACAGGUUGUGAAAUGGACACAUUGUUGCAUGGUGUCUCUGAUUUAACCAUUGAAUCGGACCCGAGUCCUAAUUGCGAGAGUGUACCAGUGGAGCAGGAGGAGGAAGAUAUAUCCAGAGACCUACUGGAGCUGCCAAUAGAGAUAUGUGAAAGACGACCCACUUGUCAACGUUGCUGCCGACCAGUGAAGGUCUGCCUCUGCCCCUUCCUCCCUGCUCAUCCUCUGGAGGUCUCCACAGGUCUGUACAUCGUCCAACAUCCAGCUGAGGAAAGCCGGGUGCUUCGCACAGUUCCGCUCCUAGCCGCCUGCUUGCCACCCGGGAAAUGCAAAGUCUUCGUCGGACGGAGGUUCAAUAAAGAAAGGAAUGCGGAGCUGGCGGCGGUGUGCCAUAGCAGCAAGACCCUGCUGCUGUACCCUGGAGCUGAGGCCCGGAACCUGGAGGACAUGAGCGAGGAGCUCAGCGGGGAGGAACACAACGUCAUCAUCAUCGACGGCACGUGGAGCCAGGCCAAGGACAUGUUCCUCAGGAACUCUCUUUUCCACAUUCCCAAGCAGGUCCAGUUGAACACCACCCUCUCCAGUCAGUACGUGAUCCGCACCCAGCCCACUAACAUGUGCCUGUCAACACUGGAGUGUGCAGCCAUUACUCUGUCCAUCAUGGAGAAGAACCCCGCCAUACAAGAGGUUCUCCUGAAGCCUCUUCAGGCCCUCUGCUCCUUCCAGCUGCAGCAUGGUGCCCAGGUCCACCACAGCAAGGAGCACCUCCUGAAGUCCGGCCUCUACGACAAGCCGCUACCCAAAAACAAGCGCAAGAUCAAGAGGAUACAGAAGCUCAUCACCAACCAGAACAUCUGAGCAAAUACUAUUCUGGAGCGAUGGGAACACUCAGCAGACAAUUUGAAGAAACGCUUUCUCACCUGCACACUUCGUUGUUUUCUUUAAUAUACAACGUUUCGAUCCUAGACCUUCAUCCGGUAAACAUCUGUGUGCUGAGUGACCCUUGGGCCAUCUCCGACGCACCUGCCAGCUGAGGUGUAUAUAUAAAAAAAAAAAAAACAGUUGUGAAGAGUGGAGCGAUGGGACAUUGGAAUACAAAGGAAAUACGCAGUCUGCGCUUCUGAAAUAACAAUCAAGUGGAAUCCAGCGCAGGACUAGAUCAUAAAUGGAAAGGAAAAAGAAUCUAGUGCCACACCACACGGAUGUCUUUUUUUCUGCAGUUUAUUUUAACAGUGCAGUCAGACUAACAUUUCGACAUGAGAGUCCUCCAGAGGACUCGAAUGAAGACGCAUGUCGAAACGUUAGUCUGAUUGCACUGUUAAAAUAAACCAAGGAACAUUAGGAAUACAGACAACAAUACUGGAUUUACUAUACCUCUAUUUAUGCGACUAAAUUUGGAUCUGCAGAAUUCUACACCUUGGAGAUCUGCGAAAAGAACUGAUGUUCUGUCAUCAUUGUGAGUGACGGAGAUAUAAGGAAUGGAAUUCUAUUCAAAUGUGUCGAUGUAGAGCUGCUGUGCAGACCAUUCAGCUUGAAAACAUUUGCUUUUCAACUCCUUAAGAUUUGUGAGAAAUCACUUCUACAUGAAUUCCGAGAGUUUUAAAGAAUGUAAUACUGUACUAAGAGCAACAGGGAAGUAGUAAUAAAGUAGACACAGGGAGUGCGUCUUAAUAUGCGACCUUGCCUCCUCCACUUGCGCUUGUCUCCUCGUCCCGCCUCCUGGCCCCUCCUCCGUGGAGAAAACGAUACAGUUUCCCAGCUGUCAGCCUAGCCACAACAACUUUUGAGGGACUGUUUUUCAUUCACCAUCCCAAUUGCAAAUGAGAAAAAGAGCUUUUGCAAGAUAUUGAAAUAUAAUGCUGUUGUCAGUGAUGUCAUCAUGACGAGAAGCAAGUGGAGGAGGCAAGUGGAGGAGGCAAGCUCGCAUAUUAAGAUGCACUCAGGGAAUAGGAAAAGACACCUAGUACCUCCAGUUCAUUCACAGAGCUUCAAAUGCAUGUUUAGGUCCAGAAAUAUUGAAGGACAUAAUUAUGUUGUUUUAUUUUUUAUUUAUUUAUCAUUAGUGUUAUUUCAGAACCUAUUGUGUUUUUUUUCCUUCAUAUGACACUAAUGUUUUUAAAAGGGUAUUUUAAUUUUUGUAAUGUUUUCGUCAUGAAUGACAAAUUUGAGCAAUAAUGGUUUGCGAUAUGGCCUGCACCUCUCAAAAAUAGCUGGUUGACACGAAGAUAGUACAAAUGUGUAAUUAUCUAUUUGUACCACAGCAGUAGGGUGUGCUUUAGAGGAAUAUUAAUUACUGUAAUACGCAGCGAAACUAAAACAGGUGGGAAAUAAAUUGGCAAUAAAUAGGCACAUCAUUACACUCAGGCACAUAUUCUUGUACUUUAGGAAUCAAAAGAAGAGAGGGGCUGUAGUGCUAUGUAGAGAUGCACCGGAUCCUGAUUUUUAGGAUCCUGCCGGAUACCGGAUCCACUGCUUAAGAUCCUGCCGGAUCCGGAAUCGGAUACCGGAUCCUACGAAAGGGUUGAAACACAUAGCCUACUCACACACGUGGGCCCUUUUUAUCACGUUGUCUCAAACUAUUUUGACUGAAAAGCCUCGGCUACCGGAUCCUGGAUCCUGGAACCGGAUCCGGAUCCUGUGAAAAACCCUAUUAUCCUGCCGGAUCCGGAACCGGAUCUUGGAUCCGGUGCAUCUCUAGUGCUAUGUACUAUAUUGGCCAUGAUAACAACCAAUUUAGCCUUGUAUUAUAACUAUGUUGUUCUUAGGAUUAGAGGUUGCCAUUCUGUCACUGUGUUGCUGUUCUGAAAAACCAAGCACCAUUGUACAUGUAAGUAUUAAAGAGAUUUUUUAUUACCCAUCAACCAAAGAUAUUUUUAGUGAAUUCACUGACCUACAACCAUUGUUGGGGGGGGGGGGACACUUGGCAUUUUGUGAAUAAAAAACAAAUACUGAAAUUUUCAAAAUAUUAAAUUAUAAGAUGGUGAAUUGUGCAAAGUCAACCCAUCACAAUACAAACCAUUUGUUUUGAGGGCGAUGGUGUGCUCAUUUGAAAUUUGAGCCACGCAACAAAACUCAAAAGUUGGGAGAGGGCAAUAAAAUGCUGUGAGGCGGUGGCAGGCUUAUAAUGAUGUCAAGUGGGCGCUUAUUCAAAAAAUGGACUCAGAUGACACACAAACUGCCCUCUGAUUUGCCCCCUCCAGGCAUCACAGAUGAAUCAUUCAACUCAAUUCAAUGGUCAGUUGGAAAGAUGUCAUGUACUGUAUGAUGGCAUGGGGGUGCAGUAGUGCCUUGGUUAAGGUCUUCUUACUCAUGUGGAAUGAAUGAAUGCUGAAUGAUAUAUCUGGGUUUUUCCUCAGCCUAAACAGUCACCCAUGCAUUGUAUUUCUCUACUAUGUUCCAACAGUGUGGCUCCAUCAUAGUAACCAGAUGAUAAAAUGACCAGCUUCCAGUCAGGAUCUGUAACAUACACCCGUCUCCAAAAGAGUUGUCGCCUAUCCAUCUGUUUGGAAUAACAGCUAAUAACCUGACAUUCAAUUAAUCACUUGGCUUCAGAAGUCACUCAUAUGAAAGCUAUAACCCUCCCGAAUGAAAAUGUAUGUACAAAAAUAAAUUUCAUGCACCAAAGAGAG